GUUCUGAUUAAUAAAAAAAUGAUAUAACUUCCAAUUCGUUCAAUCUUCAACUUACCUAUAUUUCACUAUUCUAAACCAUUAAGGGUUGAUCUUUUACAUAGCUCUCGGCCUUAUAUACCUCAUUAACAAACUCAUUCAAAUUGAAAUUGUUUUGUCCACUAUUCAACAUAGGUCGCAGAGAGAGACCCCGCCACCAAAAAGGCCAAAAACCGUACCCGCGGACCGCGGUCAAGAAAGAUGGGCCAGGAGUCUUCGCAUCUCAUCGACCCGGAUACGCCGCCAGAGACAUUAUCAGAGCGCAGUCUCCGUGCUGUCGCACAGCUUAUCAAAGAUGGCGGCGCAAAAAAUAUUGUUGUCAUGACCGGCGCCGGUAUCUCUACCGCAGCUGGAAUACCCGACUUUCGCUCCCCUAGAACGGGACUAUAUCACAAUCUUUCUCGCUUCAACCUCCCACAUCCGGAGGCUGUCUUCGAGAUCGACUUCUUCCGUACUAACCCGGAGCCCUUUUACCUGUUGGCGAAGGAGCUUUACCCGGGGAACUUUAGCCCGACAGUCUCACACGCAUUCAUCGCCCUACUUGCUAAAAAGGGUCUCCUUCGCAUGCUUUUCACCCAGAACAUAGAUUGCUUAGAGCGUGUUGCCGGUGUGCCUUCCGAGAAAAUCGUUGAGGCCCACGGCAGUUUUGCUACGCAGCGCUGUAUCGACUGUCGUACCGAGUUCCCUGAUGAUCUAAUGCGCGAGCAUGUUAAGCGUGGCGAGGCUCCGCGCUGUAUCCGAAAGGACUGUGAGGGUCUCGUGAAGCCUGACAUCGUCUUCUUCGGCGAGCAGCUCCCAGAAACAUUUUAUGAUAAUAUCUCGGUGCCCAACGCCGCUGAUCUAAUGCUCGUGAUGGGCACCAGCUUACUAGUACAUCCGUUCGCCGGUCUACCGCAACGGGCACGUGAAGGUGUGCCGCGCGUACUUAUCAACCGCGAUCGUGUAGGCGAUCUGGGCUCGCGUGCAGACGACGUCUUGGUCACAGGGGACUGCGACGCCGGGAUUAGGAAGCUUGCGGAUGAGCUGGGAUGGGGUGACGAACUGGAAGCGACAUGGAGAGCUGUAGUCGGGGAAAAGGAGGCAAACCGACAAGUAUCCAAGACGGAGAAGGAGGAGGAGAUCCAAGACGAGCUUGAUCGGCUGGCCGGGGAUGUGGAGAAUAAGUUGGGCAUCUCCGAGGGCGGCGACGACAAAUCCGAGGCUAACGUCGCGAAGCAGGGAGAAGGCGCAACGACUGUUGGAACGCACGGACCGGAUCAUGCUAAGGAAGGCAGUAAGGAGAGCACUGCGCCUAGUGAUGCAGCACAGCUCGUGGACGACGGCGAGACGGUUCCGUCGAAGAGCGUUGAGAGAUUGGAUCCAGAGGAAGGCCAGAAAGAUGAGGGAAAGGACGUGGAGGCACGAGAGCAGGAUAGCGCGAAGUUGAGCUAUGAGCCACUGCAGCCUACGAAGGAAAAGCCUGUUACGGUAGACGACAGUGUCAGGGCGGAGGAUAAGGGCGGAGGCGAUAAGCCCGCGCUAUAAGCUCGCCUUUGGUUAUUUAGUGUGGUAUAUUAGGUACCUGCGCAUAUAAGGCAGUGGCAAGAUUUUGCUACGGGCUUGUGGUUUUGUUUGUGGGUUGUGGGUUGUGGGAUGUGGGUUAUGUAUAGAUCAUCGUCUAUAAAGACGGACAGGCGAGCGGCCGUGUAUAUAUGUGAGAGACAACAUAUACCCACUGGCGUUCUAGGAUGGAGAUGGCGAUGAGGUGGGUUUGCUGCUCUUUAGUAGAGAUAUAUAUAAGUAUUGACAUAUGAAUGAUACGAAUUAAAGGCGAUAUUAAUACAACCAGGUAAGCUUAUUAGUUUGCUACGUAUCUUUAUAGAGCGAUUAGGUUACAUACCUAUCUACCUAAGUAGGCGUUGGGUUAUGUUGUUUUCCUGCUGUAUGUCGGAGCGGGAGAGUAUACAGUCAAUAAAUAAUACUUAAG